GAAAUGGAAACGACAUGUUCAGCUAUUUUUUAGACAUUUUCCUCCGAAGAAGCUGCUAGCUGAAGAUGCGUACUUCACGCCCUUGUCUAGAAGAAAUGCCUGAACUAGUGAUGAAAAAUAUUUUGGGUAAUGUUGGAUUACAGUCUAUUCUAAAACUCCGUUUGGUAUGCAAACAUUUCUAUGAUUGCAUUCAACUCCUCCAACCAAAUAUUCACCUCAAUUCAAUUUCUCUGGAAAUAUCUCCAAACUUACUUAUCUGUGAUAUUGAAUUGAAGGAAUGCCAAUCAAUUGGAGUAAUAUGCAGAAAAACUGAAGAUGGAUAUUUUUUACACCGAAGGAAUAGAAAGUUGACAAAACUCAUAAAAACCCAAGAUUUUUACACAGAGUUUCGUGAAGUGUUUAAUCUAUUAUUGAAAUAUCAACGGGCACUACUUCAAAGGUUUUCUAUAAACUUUGAAUCGGAUGGAGAUAUUAAAAUAUUUGAAGAAUUGGUUCACAUCCUCAAAGCCAAACGACGCUUCCUUCAGGUAGAAACAAUUGAUAUUAGUUUAUUGGAAUACCUUCAAGCUGUACAAGUUUUGACGUACAUUCAUCCAGAAACACUCAAAACUCUGAAUUUUCAUAUUUAUUCGGAAAAAUGCAAUGAUCUAGAUCUUUUGGAAAUUGUUAAACUGAAACAAUGGAGACUUGCUUCCAAUUUGAACAUUUCAAGCUUUGCUGCUUCAAUUUCCGUCUCUUACUUUAUACAGAGUAACUGCUCAGUUUGA